GUUUUCCGGGCAGUGGGCCUCCGCGGUCUCUGGAACAAACACCCUGAAACUCGUGCCCAGGCAGCAGCGUCUGGUGCUUCCAGGCGGCUUGAGAAGGACUAGGUUUCGGAGCCUCCAACCUGACAAAGAUGGACAAGGUGGAGACAGAAUUCCCAGGCAGCAGGAUGGUAAACAAGUGCAGAUCUGAGAAACAGCCUGCUGACCUUUGGUAACGUGUAUAGUAACAGCAGUUUUGGACAUUUCUAUGGAGAUAUUCUCAAGCUCAGUGAUCCUUUGCUCAGCUGCGUCCCAUCCACUGUUUUUCGCCAUGCCUGAGUCGACCAAGUCCACUCCUGCCCAGGAGAAGGGUUCCAAGAAGGCGGUGACCAAGGCCGAAAAAAAAGAUGGUAAGAAGUGCAAGCGCAGCCGCAAGGAAAGCUACUCGGUGUACGUGUACAAGGUGCUGAAGCAGAUCCACCCGGACACCGGUAUCUCGUCUAAAGCCAUGGGCAUCAUGAAUUCGUUCGUUAACAUUUUCGGGCGCAUCGCGGGCGAGGCGUCGCGCUUGGCGCAUUACAAGCGCUCGACCAUCACUUCCAGCGAGAUCCAGACGGCCGUUCGCCUGCUGCUGCCCGGCGAGCUGGCCAAGCACGCCGUGUCUAAGGGCACCAAGGCUGUCACUAAGUACACCAGCUCCAAGGGAGUCACUGAUUGCAGAGCGAUUGAUCAGACUUUCUCACACCCAAUAGCUCUUUUCAGAGCCACGUACACUUUCUGA